UCGUCUCCUCGCAGAGCCGACCUCCCGGAGCGGAAAAGAGGGCUCCGUCUCCUGGCCCUUGCCAGGCGGCAGGAGGCGGGGAACACUUCCGCUCGGUUCUCGUUUCCCGGCGGAGCGGCGGACGACGGCCGUGACGUGACGGCGUGGUAGGGGCUAUGGAGCGGUACGAGCAGCCCGUGGUGCAGGUGCCGAGCCUGGAUGGCGUUACGCGGGAGCGCUUCCUGCGGGACGUCUAUCCCCGGAGAGAGCCAGUUGUGCUGAAGGGAAUGGAGCUGGGCCCUUGCACAACCAAAUGGACAGUAGAUUACCUGAGCCAAGCUGCAGGAUCUAAGGAAGUAAAGAUCCAUGUUUCUGCAGUACCACAGAUGGAUUUCCUCAGUAAGAACUUUGUGUAUAGAACUCUGCCUUUUGAUGUAUUUGUACGAAGGGCAGCUGAAGUCAAACACAAAGACUACUUUCUUUCUGAGGAUGAGAAGUACUAUUUGCGAUCAGUGGGUGAAGAUGUUAGGAAGGAUAUUGCAGAUAUCAGAAAACAGUUUCCUGUUUUGGCAGAAGAUGUUCAGAUUCCAGAGUAUUUUGAGAAGGAACAGUUUUUCUCUAGUGUCUUCCGCAUCAGCUCAGCAGGAUUGCAGCUAUGGACACAUUAUGAUGUAAUGGAUAACUUCUUAAUCCAAGUAACAGGUAGAAAACGAGUUGUUCUGUAUAGUCCUCGAGAUGUACCAUAUUUAUAUUUAUCAGGUACCAAAUCAGAGGUGCUAGAUGUUGAUAACCCAGACUUUGAGAAAUACCCACUUUUUGUGAAAGCCAAGCGCUAUCAAUGUUAUCUGGAAGCAGGAGAUGUGUUAUUUAUUCCAGCUAUGUGGUUCCACAAUGUAAUUUCUGAGGAAUUUGGAGUGGCACUGAAUGUCUUCUGGAAACACCUUCCUGCUGAAUGCUACGACAAGAGUGACACUUAUGGAAAUAAAGAUCCCACAGCAGCCUCUAGGGCAAUACAGAUCUUGGACAGGGCCUUGAAAACACUUGAAGAACUACCUGAAGAAUACAGGGAUUUCUAUGCUCGAAGAAUGGUGUUACGGAUCCAAGAAAAAGCCUAUAGGAAUGAUUAUGGAUAAAAUAACACUUUGUAAGUCACAAUCUCCUGUGGAAGUAGAGUACUAUAUGUUAAUAUAGGAACUGUCCAUGUCUACACAAAUUCUCUUUCUGUAAGGAUAAAAAGCAUUGUUGAUAAACUUUGUUAUACGUAA